UCUGGCCUCAGCUUCAUCAGUACCAAACAUACACGACAAGUUUGCCAAGCCAGCAGGUUUAAGGUCGGCCGUCAUGAGUCUUGCUAGAGUAUACAUCAUCGCAUUCCUAUUGAUCUUUGGAACGCUCUGCAACACAGAAACUACCGGAAGCAAAAAGAUCAAGGUGAACGACACGGACAGCGUCGAGCAUUCCGUUUCCGACGAUGUUCCGAAUGAUGCCGAGAGCGCGGAGCAAGAGCAAGACAGCGCCGUAAAGAUCAUGCCGAUUUUACCGCCGAUAAUACUUAUAGAUUUCGAUAACACAACCUCGGGUGAUAACGCGACCGCCGAUGAGAAGUCGAAGCGUACCAUCAACAACCACCUUGGUUACGGCUUUGACCGGAACGUGCUGCACGCCCCGCGGAAGUACAAUUAUUACUUUCCCGCUGGGAAAACCGGAACCACCGUGUCCAUAGAGGAAUCUAUCAGUCCGUUUCUGCCGAGGACUAUAAUUGAAAAAAUACCACCAUCGAUCAAUCAAAAACCAGUUCUCGAUUCGUACGCGGAUCUAAGAUCCCAGUCCGGAUCGUACGAAAAUCGCGACUCGAUCAGAUUGAAUUUCCAGAAUCCAACGAGCUAUCAGUAUUACAAUCCUGCGAUAUCUCAGCCCGUGUUCGGGCUGCGAACGAAAUUGAUAAAGACGUCCGACCCCGAGCGAUAUCGGAGCUUCUCUUCAACCGUGAGACCUCCCAUCGAGACGUACUCAAACGUGGAUUAUCGAGACGGUGCGUACGCGUCCACCACACCGCAAUCUCUGAUGUUAAACUCUGCGGAAGCGGAGGCGGGUUACGUCACUCCAAGCCCGCAAAGUUACACGACCUCCAGUUCAAAUCGAUACGUUUACGUCACACCAAGUCCGCCGUCGUAUGCCGAGGUGAAUUCUCAGAGAUACUUGGGACAGCACGCGAUAAACGUGCAAGCUUACGCGCCGGUGCAAAGCUCGGUGGAAUCCUCGACAGUUAAUUCCAUCGACACCGCUGUUUUCUUAGAAAACAUCGGCGUUCAAUCAAAGGUGAAUUCUCACGAUUACAGUCGACCUUCUUUGAACACGAUGGAAUCUUCGAGCUCAGCACCCAGUCAAUCCAGCUACGCGGAGAACGCCGGAUCGUUCGCCAAUCUGCCCAGAUACACAGUGGAAAACGGCGUCAAAUAUGAAAACAAGAUAUUCUGGAAGUAUCCGGAUGGUCGAGUGUCCGAUACGCCACCCAGGACGUAUGAAACUUACUCUGAGUACCCGUCCCUGGAGGCGUUACAGGCCGCCAGGCCGUCUCAGGACGCGUCGCAGAUCGAUGAGUCCGUUUCCACGAAGAAUAAUGUGUUGUCGCAAGGCCCAAUGCAAUUUCCGAUAUCACCGGAACCCAGCGGUCCCCCGACCCCGUUCAUAUCGGCCGAGACCUUGUCUAAACUGCCGCAGCAGCAGGCAUAUCGGUUGGGCUAUCAGAAUCUUGUGGGUCAGAAGCAGAUCGUUCCGCAGCAAGCGAGAGCUGGCAGCGGAGUCACAUAUUCGACAACCUCUUCGCCGUUGAGAAAUUCUGUCAAGGCAAAUGGGAAGAAUCAAAAAAAUCGAUACGAGACAUCGAGUCGACCUAUCUCGAAAUAUAUGGUAAACAGUCCGAAUCCGGAAUAUAUCAAUUCUUAUACCACGGAGAGCGCUCCGAGAAGCACGACGCCCAGCAGAGUUUUUGUACCAUCGACUCACAAAAAUUCAGCCAAGAAAACUAACGUGAACGGUAAAAAUCUGGAUAAUUAUUCAAAUCUGCAGUACGGAGACCUAUUGAAUUACAAUCCAUCGAUUUCGCAGUACAUUAAGAAUCCCGCGUCCAUUCUCAAUGUGCGGCCGACAUUUGUGCAAGCCGGAAACUCUCUCAUACCCGUAAUUAUUCUAAGAGUAGAUGGCGUAUCGCCUAUUCAAUCCAAUGCCACGCCGAACGUGAACCUGAAGGCCCUUCUGCAACAGUAUCUUCUUCAGUAUGCCAGAAGUAUCGAAGAAUUGGCGCGACCGACCAAUUUUGAUUUUGGCAGUAAUCAACUCCCAAAGGAUCAAGCUUCAUUCUCCACGAGUCCACUGCGACAGCUGGCACAAUUAUUACAAAAUAGUAAUGCUCAAGAUCUGGUCGGUAAUCCUACAUCGGAAUCUUACAUCGGCAGAACGAGUUAUGAGGCAAGCAAUUUGGAUGUCGAGAAAAGCCUCUCGAGCGUGAAAUACGGCGAACGCACAGCUAUCCGACCGAAAGUGAAGAGCGUGCAAAUCGUGGAUGAUCCGAGGUUCGAAAAUCAUAGAAUUAAGAACUGAAUUGUGCAUGUAUGAUAAAAAGCAGAAAAAAUUGCGAAGAGAAAUAAUCCUUAACUUUCGUGCUCUAUCGUUCAAUUCGAUCUUUCCGCUAGUUGAGUUAUUAAAAAUUAUAUACUCUAAUAAUUAUACAUUUAAAUUCUUUAUAACUACGAUAGAACGCGAAAGUUAAGUCAAAGCGACUGAUUAUUAUGACGACAUUAAUUGCCAAGAAUGAUAUCAAAUCCAAAAUGUCCCAUAAAAAAAUAUUUUUUACAAUUUUUUAUUUCAAAAUAUUUUAAUAAUUAAGUGUAAUAUACAUUAUUUGGUAUAUUUUAUCAUUUUAAUCUUGCAAUUAAAACGUUUCGUGCCAUGAAACAAUUUAAAAAAAUAAUUGACAUUAUAUCGGACAUUAGUGAUAGUAAUUUAAUGGGUUUGUGCAAUGUAUUAUAAUGUCUACAAUAUGUACCUGCGCUACUGAUUUGCUGAGAACCGGAAUCUGUUAGUGUUAAUACUUCUUGUUCUAGGAAAGCAGUAGUAUAAUCGAAGCACACUUGUGGCUUUGCAAAUGUACCUACGAAAAAUUAACCAAAUUUUUAUACUUCAGAAAGGUACCUUUUAAGUUGUAAUGUUUAAGUUUUCAUACACAAUAUAAGCUAAUCAUAACUUGUAUACUGAAUUGUUAUAAACUAAUAAAGUGAGCAAGUAAGAGACAUCUUUUUAUACAAA